UCCCUCCCCUCUCACUCUUGUUUUGGUGAGGGGAGACAGAGUUGGGUAUAAGUGUCAUUUAAAGGACAGCUGAGGAGCAAAGCCUUUUGGAUUAAUAUUGUUCCUCAUUGACAAAGCAUAUUGCCUCUCCUGGUGCAAGAAGCAAACUGUUUUGCUGGAGGCAAUGCAAAGACAUUAAUGCUGUUUUUAGAGACCUUGGAACUUUCUACAAUUCUCUGGUGGCAGAAAAGGAGAAGACAGCCAAAUAAGGAGUUCAAGACAAUUUCAUUCGAGUUUCAAUCCAAAAAGAACAGCAUUUCCUGUAUAGCUAGAAAACUGUUACUGGGCUUGUGGUCCCGGCCGAGCGCAGCAUGCCGGCCCUGCUCCUGCUCCUGCGCGCCCUCCUGACCCGCCUGCUGCUCUUGGCCCGGAGGCGCCUCUUUCCUCUGCUCCGCCGCCUCGGAGCCCGGGUGACCUCCCAGGAGUCCCGCCAAGCCAUCCUCACCUGCCUCCUCUGCGUCCUCAACUUGCGCAAGAAGGUGGACCGCGACUGAAGAGGAAGCAGGAGAAAGGAGGAGGAUUCAGCCCUUUCUAGCCCCAACUCUGCCCAAUGGAGCCCCUCAGCACCUGCCCCGACUGCUCCCCUUUGGCUGAGACUCCCCUUUGAGGAAAGGAGGGUCUUCUCUCUUUCAGGGCGACAGGGGGCGCUCCGGAGGCGACGAAGAAGAGGAGGAGGGGGAGGACUCCGUCCUGGGCAGGUGAAGGGCAUCGGCUGCCCCUCCUCGCAAGCUCCCUUGUUAAGGCUUCACUUGGAGAGGACAAGAAGGCCGACGUCAUCCUAGAGCAGCCAGUUUCCCCCUUGCUAAGGCUUCACAAGAAGGUCAACGUCAACCUAGAGCUGCCAGUAUCCCUCCUGACGCUUUCGGGGCGAUAGGGGGCGCCCUGGAGGAGAGGAGGAGGAGGAAGAAGAAGAAGAAGAAGAGAAGGACUUUGCUUUGCCCAGCCACCAACUCUAUCCAAGUGAGUGGCACCUCCUCCUCCUCCUUUGCUUGGACUUCACUCCAAACUGAGAAGGAAGACCUCCUCCCAGAGCAGCCAGUUCUUCUCCAACACUUUCAGGCACUCUGGAGGUUUUGAUUUUUUGUGUGUGUCAAGAGCAACUUGAGAAACUGCAAGUCGCUUCUGGUAUGAGAGACUUGUCUGUCUGAAAGGGGACGCCAGAUGUUUUUGAUGUUUUACCAUCCUCGUGGAAGGUUUCUCUCAUGUCCCCGCAUGGGGAGUUGGAGCUGACAGAGGGAGCUCUACCUGAUCUCCCCGGAUUCAAACAGCUGACCUCUCGGUCAGCAGUCCUGCCAGCACAAAGGUUUAUCCAUUGUGCCAACGGGCCACUCUGGAGGUGAGGAAGAGGAAGAAGACACAGCCUUUGCAGCCCCUACUCUUAGGUGAUGGUGUGUUUUUAGCAAUGUUGUAACUUGCCUCGAGCCACAAGGAGAGGCGGGUAAGAAUUAUUAUUAUUAUUAUUAUUAUUAUUAUUAUUAUUAUUCACUCUGCACAAGUAAGUGGCAUUGGCAGCCCUCAGCACCAGCAGCCACCACUUCCUUCUCCCUUCCUGAGAUUUUACUUUGAGGGAGUGAGAACAAAAGUUUCAUGCUAGAGCAGCGGACUUUGUGUCAACGUUGGGGCCUUGAUGCUUUCGGGACAAGAGAUUUGCCAUAAUCUGUAAGCCUCUCUGAGUCCCCUUUGGGGUGAGAAAAGCGGGGUAUAAAUAUAGUAAAUAAAUAGUAAUUAAGAGGAGAUUCCCUGGGGGCCAGGAGGUGGAGGAUUCACCAUUGUACAGCCAACUAUGUUCAAGUGAGUGGCCCCUGCAACUUCUCCCACAGCUUCCUUUGCUUGGAUUUCAUUUGGAGGGAGCAAGAAGGAAAAUGUCACCCUAGAACAGCUUGUUCUUCAAUGGAAGGGCCUUCACACUUUCAGGUCCUCUGGAGGUGAGGAAGAGGAGGAGGAAGACUGAGCCUUUGCAGCCCCAACUCUGCUCAGGUGAGGGGCACUGGCAGUCCUUCACCACUUGCAGCCACCUGCUCCUUCUCCCUUGUGGGGACACAAGGAAACAUCACCUUAGAGCAGCCCACUCCACUCCAAGAGGAGGAACUUUGCCAUUUCAGGGUGGUAAGGAGCGCUCUGGAAGUGAAGAGGAGAAAGAAGAAGACUCAGCCUUUGCAGCCCCAAUUCUGCACUGGUGAGUUGUACCAGCAGUCUCUCAGCAUCUGCAGCCGCCUCCUCCUCCUCCCUUGCAGAGACUUCAUUUGGAGGGAGGGAGAAGGAAAACGUCAUCCUAAAGCUGGCCUUUCAGGGCGAUAGGGGGCGCUCUGGUUGCCCAAGCCAGGAAAAGGGAGCCUUCAGCAGCCCUCAGGAGAAGAAGGAGAAAGGCUCCCUCUCUGAUCUCAUUCCUCCAGAUCCACCCCCAGGCAAACUCUUCCAGCUUCAUGUUUCUGAGAAUUAUUUCCACCACCCCCUUUUUGCUUUGAAGCCAGGCCUGAGCUCCCACCCACGGCUCUGUUCUGCUCCACGCUUUGGUUUUUCUCAUGGUGCUUGCAUGUGGUUCCCCAUCGCCACAGUGGCUAGAGAGGUCUGGAAGGGUGGCCGCAGCAUGACUUCAACUGCUUGGGAUCCAGAAAAGAUCAGAAGCUCUUUUUUGGGGGACCCAUCAAGGCAAGCUUGAGUUCUAGGAGAAUUCUGAAGUAAGGCUGGCCAGUUAAGCAAAUGCUUUGCAACAUUUAACUCGUGUGGCGGAACUGAACAAGAAUUUCGUCUCUAGAGACUUUGGCAUUAGAUUUGUUACCUUUUUCUAGGAUUCUCCAACCUUUGAAUGCCUUGAACUAAAUAAUCUGGGUGACAGACACACAUACACACACACCGGGUCCAAUGCUUGAGGAACAAUGUCUGACAGCACAGCAAGGAAAGUCCAGCCAUUCACAAUCAGUACAAAGCUUUCCUUACCAAAGUGCUCUCUGGAUUUUCCGGGAGAAAGCUGUCAAGGCAUCUCAGUCACUGCUCUGGAUAACUCUGGCUUGCACAAAAACCUCAAUGAGAGUGUUUCUCUGUAUCUGGCUCGGAGUUCCCCAGUGCCCACAGGAGAUGGAUUCAAGAGCACCAGCCCAAAUGAGGGUUCUGUCACCCAUGAAGAUCGCCUCAACUGCAACUCCUUGUCCCGCUCCAUCAAGAAGAUCACACUGUCCAACUGGCAGGGGGAGCCUGGUCCAGGUGAGCGGCAUGGGAUGCUUGGGGGCUCUCGCCAUGGCAGCUCUGAGAGGAACUGCAAUAACAACAACUGCAGAACAGGAAAAGCACAGUUCAAGGUCUUUCUCAAAAAAGAGGGAGGAAUAGAUGAAGAAAAGAAAGAAGUCAGGAAGCUCCAAGCUGGGAGUUGUUCUUCAGCAGCUGCUCCCCUUCACAUGACUGCAGACUCUGCUGUUUCAGCUUUAUGGAAGGAGGGUGUCAAGAACACACAGGCAAGUGAAGUAGUGGGGCUGAAACUUGGCACCCAGAGCAGCCCAGGGCUGGAAGACCUUUGCAGCAAGAGCCCCCUCACUACUCAGUUCAACCGCGAUAUGUUGCAGGCUGAAAAAUGGGUGCAAGGAAAACUCCUCGACCUAAAGGAUGGUUGCAGUAUUCAGGAAUGGGGGCGCAUGGCCCAAACUUUACAAAGAGAUAUGAAGGACUUCGAUAAUACUAUGAUCAAGCUGAAUCAGAUGGGUGAGCAACUGAUGAUCCGACCAAACCACAGCAUGGAGAUCUCAAGGCGGCUGCAGUCCCUGCAAGAACAGUGGCAACUGCUGAAGCAAAUGGCAACAAACCAGAACAAACCAGUGGGAGGACUCAGGAGUCUACAAGAGUUCAACCAGAAAGCUGAACAAUUGGAAGCUUGGAUCAGACAGAAGGAAGAGAAACCUGUGCUGGCUGUUCUCCUACAAGAAAAUGCAGACAAAAUUCAGCUUACACGGCGCAUCCUUGACUUAAAACAGGAGCAGCAGCAGUUCCAGGCCCUGCAUGAGGAAAUCAACAGCCUGGCUCACAAGCUUGAGAAGCAAGGGAAGAGUGAGAGUCGGAGCAUCAUGGUCCGGCGCAAGCACCUCAAUAAGAGGUGGCUGCAAGUCCAGGCAAUCCUGAAAGAACAUUAUGAGACCCUGCAGUUGGCUCUGGAAGUAGCUGCUUUUCUACAGCAAGCAGAUGUGUUCCUGGGGGCCAUCCAUGCAAAGUGGAGGAGUCUUUGUGGACUGGAGAAGCAGAGGGAAGCUGAGCCCAAUCUAGACCUCGAUGUCAGGGAUUUAGCGAGCCAAGUGAUGAUGCUGGAUGUAACUGUGUCCCAGCUGACCAGCCUCCAUCCCAGCCUGGUGGCCUGGGUUUCUCUCAAGCAUCAAGAUGUCAAGGAAAGCUGGGCCCAGCUCCAACAGCUGCUCAGGAAUGAGAAGCCUCCACUGUUGGCUUUGAGAAGGAGAAUGAUUGAUUCACCAAGUUCUGAUCAUGAGAUCACUGCCUCUAGAAGCAGUCCAGCUGGAGAAAAAACAGUAUGGAAAGCUCAUAAAGACAUUUUAGAAAGCAUGGCAGAGCACUUGAGAGAUCAGGAGGGCAACUCAGACUCACCCAGAAGAGAGGACAUUGCAAGUGACAACAAGAGGAGGAGGAAACUUCUCAGGCAAGCAAAUACUUCUGAGGACCCACCACAGCCAAAGAAGGCACACCCUCAGGACUUCUGCCAGGUGGCUGAUGGGAAACUGCAAGAAUUACUGCAUACAGACCACAGGUGGAGUCCUCAAAUUGACAAUGCCCUUGAAGAGCUGGAAGAACUAUGGGAAGAAUUAAAAAGAAAGCACCAAGAAAAUGGCGCGGCCCUGAAGGAGAUUGAUACAGCCCUGAAGUUGGUUGGUGAGCUGGAGGAAGCAGAGUGUUGGCUAGGAACCACAGUAGGCUUACUCUCUGCCUCCAGAGCAAAGAAGAAGCCUGAUGACCUCCAUGGGGACCUGAAGAAAAUUGGCACCUUAGAGAACCAGGCUAGGGCCUGGAGUGUUAAGCUUCGGACCCUGCAAGAGAAAAUGCAGGUGGAAUCUUCCUCAGAGCACACAGCAAUGGCAAUGAUUCAGAGGAAGAUGGAACGAGUAAAAGAAAGGUUCGUUUAUGUGCAGGAUGCCCUUCGGCGCCGAGCAUCGGAUUUGCGUGAUUCUUUAAUUUUAAUAGAGUUCUUGCAGAAUGUGCAACUGGAGGAAAUGCUAAGUCAGAGGAAUGAAAAACAGGGAGUGCCUAACAAGCUUGGCUCCCAGGAGUCUCUGCAAUUUCUCAUAGCCCAGAGUGGUCAACAGCUGAGCACUGAGGACAUGAACAGGCCACUGGAAGAGCUUCAGGAAGCAGUGGAGAUGCUGAAUGAUGUGGUGAAGGAACGAGAGCAGGCCAAUGAGGCAAGGACACACGGAGAAAGCUUUCCAUACUUUGAACAGACAUUUGGGGAUUGCAAAGAAACUGGGCUGGCUUGGAUUGUUUCUCACAUGCAGACUGUGAGGGAUAGAGCAGAAAUAUUGGCUGAAGACAUUAGUCAGGCGGAGAGAAGUUUUGCCAUGGUGAAGAGUGAGGGAGAUCUACUGGAGCUGAAAAGGCUGCUGAAAAGGCAGAAAGAGAUUGAGAGUGAUAUGUCAAAGCUGGCAAAGGAUAUGGAAAAGCUGGAGAACGCAGUCAUUCAACAGCAGGAAAACUACCUACUUCAAAUAUCUCAUGAAUCCAGAAGGAUCCUUGGAAUACUAGAGUCCUGGAAGGAACUGCAAAAGUUGGUGUUGCAAAAUGCAGUCCAUGGACAGCAGGCUGGUCACCUGCGGCAAUUCUUUAGAGAUUAUUUGGCCAUUAUCUCCUGGACAGAAGAUACCAGGGCACAGAUCUUCUCAGAGAGUUCAAGUACACAUGGACUGACAGAGGCUCAAUGGAAAAAAAUCGAAAAUAAUAUGGAGGCAAAAUUCAAGGAAUUUGAGAAUUUGGCAACAGCUGGAUGGAAGCUGAUAGCUGAGGAACACUUCUUGAGUGAGACAAUAAAGGAACGAUUGGAGGAGCUGCAAAGUAUGCUGGGAUGGGUGAUGGUUCGGUGGCAAGCACAGAGUUCUCAGAAGGAUGCUGACAAUGAAAAGAAGGGCCAAGAGUCUCAGGAUGGUGUUCCUAAUAAAACCCAGGUAUGUCAGAUUAAAGUGCCUUCUGAAACCUGUGUAUUGGGGACAGAUGAUACUUUGAACAUAAGUGUGGCUGAAAGUCCUCUACUCACCCCAGGCUCACUAAAGAAUGGUUUUGCAACACAGAACUAUGAGAGAGAAGGGAGUUCUGCAAUCCUAUCUACCAUAGAUGUCCUUCCAAUGCAGAAACAGAGCUUGAAGGAAUUGGAAAAUCAUGUUCCUGCUGAAAUAGUCAUCCCCAAGAAGACUCUGAUCCUUGAAGCUUCAGAGACACCAGUAUUGCUGGUACCAUCACCAGGCCCCAGCAGCCUGGGAGGCACAGUAAACUUGAUCUUGAGCAUUGGGAAGAAGGGGGAGAAAGAAGCUCCAGGAAACGAGGCUAGAAUAUCACCAACACUGGGACAAGAGGCCUUGCACAAGCACUCUGAAACUAAACCUUCAACCUGUAAAACUUUCUGGAAACGUUGUCAGGGAUUUUUAGGUAGUUUAAAGAGAAAGAAAAGGCUGCCACACCAGCAUGCAGAAGAGGUGAGCACUUAUUUGCAGAUGAAAGAGAAAGAUUUAGAUGUCGUCCAUGAAAGCUCAGUCUCCAUGCCACAAACUAUAAGCCAGAUCCCCCCUCAAACUUAUUCUUCCCCACUUCCUAGACCAGGGUGGACUACUACAGCCACCCAAACUUUGCCCAAGGCUAGCUCCAACUACUUUUUGCAAAGCCUGAACCAAAAAGGCAAAGGGAGGGCAGCAGGAGAUGCCCAACUGCUAACCUUGCAGGGGAUCAUGGGAACAGAACUAAAGGAUCUUCAGCUUGGGCAAGAAAAGAAGCAGAGUACUAGUAACACGUGGCCCCCUAAGAACAGGAGAAUGGCACAAUACCUGCGGACACCAAGAAACCUCAGAAAUGUGACUCAUUAUGUGAACAACCCACUGGUACGGGCUAUUGACAGUGAUUGUGACUCAAUAGGAGAGACAUCUGAAGGACAUGUACUCUUGGGACAAAAAAGAGGCCUCAGUAGCCCCCAGUUACAAACAGAGAAGAUGAACACAUGCCAGCAUCUUUCUCUGGGCUCCAUAUUGAACAUACAGCUUCCCAAGGAUCCCACUACCCUCAGAAAUGUCCAGGAGACCAUCAAGGUGACCAAAGAGGGAUUAGCAGAAAAGAAGUGUGCCAACCAUCACUGUCAGUUGGCUCAAAGAAGCUCAGAUGGGGCAAAGAUUCAGGAGAAAAUUACCAUCCUGCAAAAGAGGGGACUAGAAGGGCAGUCAGAGAUACACCAAAGUGCCCGCAGUAAGGAUAAGGGUAGUACAUGGUUUGAAGAGGUGAGUGCCAAUCCAAGCUACAGCAGGCAUAAAGCUCACAUUGUGGCUCCUUGUAGGGAAGACAGACCAAGUCCUAAGAGUCACAGCAGCACUGGUGAUGACUUUCUGGAUUUCAAGCAGAUCCGGCUGUCUCGCAUCAGUGUACUGCAUGAGCAGAUAGACUGGGAAUGGGACAAGCUAGCUGCCUCAUUGGGUACAACCAGAAGCUCCAGUCACGUAGAGGCAAAAGACCCAACUGAGCAAAAAGCAUCCAGGAUGAGAAUGAAGUCCUCUCCUACUAAGCAUUCAAGCAAGGCCUCUUACACAACUCAAGUGAAGACCCCUUUAGUAAAUGAAAUGUCAGAGAAGGAAAACAUCCAGAGCUCCAUGGAAAGCUUUGUAAGAAUUACUCCCACAUUACCACCCCUGGCCAUCAAAUCUCCAUCCAAGUUGUCCGUGUUCGAACAGCAAAGCAUCCCAGCAUCAUCAAAGCCAGGUUCUCUCAUCCUGACUUGCAGAGGAAAUGUGACUGAAAGGCCAAAGUCACAAAACCUAGAGAUGUGUCCUCCUGCCCAUGAGUUGUUUGAAGAGGAGGAAGAGGAACUGCAGGCCAUAUGGAGCAACUUAGAGAAGCAGAAGAGAAACACAGGCACCCAGAGCAUCACAGGGAAAAAGGCAGAUAAGAUCCAAAGCCCAGACAAUUCUAAUGGGAAACUCAUACUGAAAUCAGCAGAUAACAUCUUGGUAGCCAAGUUCAAGCUUCCUACCCCUGCCCAAAUGCUUCAGAGCUUGGAAGAAGGGAGAGGGAGCAGCAAUGGACUAGACAGCAAAAAUAGCCCAAGUCAGUGUGACUGGGCACCCAGGCCUUUUUUCCAGGAGCCGUCUGAGAGGGUGGAAGCUUCAUCCAUAGGAUCCCUACAAAGCACAUGCCAGCUAGAACAGCGAAAGCUUGAAGAUGGAGACAGAAAUACUGGAAAGCAGAAUCCCAGUAAACUGGAGCUUCAGAUGAUGGAAGGGACACUGGAAAGGAAGCAUUUGUUACAGGCAGGAGGCAAAAAGGCAAACUGUCGGUCCUGGAAUUCAUUCCAUACAGUGCUGAUGAGACAAACCUUGUGUUUUUACCAAGACAAGAAAGAUACCCUCAAGAGCUCUGCAGUGGCCUUCCCACUAAACAUUUCUGGAGCUGUUUGCACCCUUGAUAAAGAAUAUACCAAAAAGGACAACUGUUUCACACUGCAGAUGAAAGAUGGCUCCAAGUACCUCCUUAGAGCUCCAACUGAGCCACUCAUGAAAGAGUGGGUUAUAAAACUGCAGCAAAACUCAGGUGUGCUUGAUGUGGAUUAUUUCCAUUCAGCUUCCCAGGCUGCCCAAGAAAAAACUUGCUCAGUUAGUGUGAUUCCUGGCAGAGGUGUUUCCCACUUCUUGGGUCUUCAGCCUCCCUUUGCAAGCAAGAACCAAGAUGCUGUGCUGCUGCCAAGGUCAAGGGUUAAGAUGCAGUUGCCUUACGGUGCCCAGGAGGAUCCAGCAGCAUCAGAGACAGGAAAUGUUCACAGAUCUGCCGGGUAUACUACAGACCACAGCCUGAGGCCAUGCUCCCCAACAGAAUCUGCAAAGUCAAAAGAGCCUAACUUUUGCCAGGAAGAGGACUGUGGGCUAGUGGCAAACAAGAGGCGGUCGUACUCAUUUACAUCUGCUACAUACCAGAAGGUUUCCCCUUUGUCAGUGUCCAAAGAACCCCUGGGCGUUGGCAGCAGCUAUUCAGUCACUCUUUACAUUGGAGAGCAAGCAUCUGCUCCCUCCAGACCUCGCUGCCAUUCCUUCGUAGCCACUGCUGGUACAUCCCAAGAUCUCUUGGGUGGGAGUAGCCAAGGCGCCUCACCCCGCCAGAAGAACAAAUCUGUUUUCAGAAAGUUCUUUGGGAAGAAAGACUGAGUUACCAGCUCAUUCCAGCACAGGACCUUUCGUUGAUCUACUAGGCCUGAUUGCUUCCUGUGACUACUAUUCAGUUGCACAUCUAGCCACUAAGGUUUGCCAAGAAGUGGUUGGAAAAGGCUCUGCUCAUGUUAAACACCCUCUUAAUCCUGUUUUACACUGUUUUUACACUUCACCUAUCCAACCCUAAUAGGUAUUUAUGGGGUCAAUCUUUAUGUUUUGGCAGGGUUGUCUAUGCCAACCACCUUGAGACUUUUCCUUGUAGGCACUCAGUUCUUGUUUGCCAUGCAAGCUAAUGAAGAAAUCAGACAAAGCAUCCUAAUGUUUGCCUAGUUCUUGAUGGGAUCAAAGAAAGAAAGAAAAAAAAGGGGGGCUUUCUUUUCACCAAUUAUGCUACACAAUAAUAUUACAAGCACAGGGUUGACAGCUGUUCUUUAUUUUCCUUUUUCUGUACUUGACCUUGUUGUUGUACCUCUCAACCUAGGAUGGACAACUGCUUCGCCAAAUUCCAGAAGCUGUUGGUAUGUCAUACAUGUCACACAUUUAGACCAGAGGGAUGGGAAGACUGCUUCUUUGUAAUACAUCUUCCUGGAAUUCCCCCCAGUCAGCAUAGCAGCAUGCAUACUGACUGGAUUCUGGGAGCUACAGUACAAAAAAACCCAAACAAGUCAUUUCCCAACUUGUCGUUUAGGUCUCAACAAUUUCUUUCACAGCUUCCCCUUGGAUAAAGGAAAAGAAAUGCAGUGGGCUCAGCUACUUCCGGUUCUGGUCCAAUCUACUACUGUGUUCCAGCAUCCACUUCACAACUGAUUAUCCCUAAGGCCAGGGUGGGCAUUGUGCAGCCUUCCAAAGGUUGUUGGAUUGUAACUCCCAGCAUUCCUCACCACUGCCAAAACUUACUAAACUUACUGUUGUGUCUUACAGUUCAACCAUUUCUGAAAGGCUGCAUGUUUCCCUUCCACCUCCCCUAAGGGAAUGUGGCUCCUGACAUGUGGUUCUCAACCUCUGGGUCCCCAGAUGUUUGGGCCCUCAACUCCCAGAAAUCCUAACAGCUGGUAAACUGGCUGGGAUUUCUGGCCAAAACACCUGGGGACCCACAGGUUGAGAACCACUGCUUUAAUUGAUCAGCAGAUACAGGCAAGUGAUGAAAGCCAGUGUGAUGUAGCGGUUUGAGUUUGGACUAAGAUUCUUGGAGGUGACCAUUCAAAUCUCUGCUCGCUCACAGAAACUGAUCUUGGACAAGUCACAUUUCAUCAGAUGAAGGCAAUGCCAAACCUCCUCUGAAUAUAUCUUACAAAAAGAAAGCACCAACCCUAGGAGGUGAUCAUCAUAAAUUGGAAUUGACUUGAAGGAACAUGGUAACCAGAACAGUUUCUCUCCAUGCUGUGAAGAGCCACCUGUUUCUUUUUCCCAGGCCAAGCUGAUGUAAAUGAUAACAAUAUCACACACAGGGCAAUUAUUUUCUGAUCAGCAGGAGAACAUGAGUGAGACCUAAAGCCUAAGGAGUUAUUUCUUAGGGAAAUAUGUACAUUACUGAUGGAUUAGUAUUAGAUGAGGGCUGCUGGUAGCUCUGGGCAGUAAUACAUUUUGGAGAUUCCAAAAGGACAAUUUAUGUAUUUUUAAUAUUAAAAAAUAAAACCUAGACCAAGCACCUCAUUGUCAUUCUGUUGUCUUCUGCGACGGUGCCAGUGUGGCAAUUAAUGCUUGUUAAAUAGCUGAUUGCUUCUCUUUGGGAGACAUUAAAAUCACAUUAAAAGACCA